CAUCAAGAGCACCACGCGCAGGCAGCGAUUCCUCACCAGCAAGAUGGACUCGAUGGAUCCUGCGCUCGUCUACUCGACGAUGUCUGGGCUCGAAGGCAGCACGGGCACGACGACCGAGGCAUCGUACAGCACCAACAGCAGCAGCAGCGCGUCGCAGUCGCAAAAGCCUCCCGGCUCGCCGCUGCCGUUUCUCAAGUUUGCGAGCAGCAAGGCGCAGACGGUUUCCAAUCCUGCUGCUAAGUUUCCAAAGGAGGAGGUUUAUGAUGGGAUUGCGGAGACGGCGUCGGUGGCGGGAGACGACGCAGAGAGUAAGUUGAGUGAGCUGUCUAUCGACGAGGAAGGUGAAUCAGAGGAUGAUCUCGAUAGCGAUGUAUCACUGAACCGCAUGUGCAAGUACACGCUCUACGAGACAAAGACGCGAUUCUACCUGAUUGGCUCCAACAUCAACGACACGCGUUUCCGCGUCUUGAAAAUUGACCUCACGUCAGAGCAGGACACGCUUUCGUUGACUCAGGACGAUACUAUUUACACCCAUCCGCAAAUCAUCGAGCUCUUGGAGGCAAUCCAAGACGGAAACCCCGUCGGCGGGCUCACGAAGCGCUUGACGUCUUGGGGCGUUAUUGGCUUCAUCAGAUUCACACAGUACUACUACAUGUCCGUCAUCACAAAACGAAGCGCGGUCGCGCUCCUCGGCGGCCACUACAUCUACCACAUCGACGCGACAGAGUUAAUCCCGCUAUGCUCGAGCACCACAUACCGCAAACCCCACCGCAACUCCAAAGAAGCCCGCUUCCUGAGCACGUUUCAAAACCUCGAUCUCAGCAAGACGUUCUAUUUUAGCUACUCGUACGAUAUCACGCAUACCCUGCAGCGCAAUCUCGACCGCGAGCGCGAGCGCGUGAAACUUGGGAUCCCGUCGUCCAAGUGGAAGUCUAGCGCGGACUAUAGCGAGAUGUUUGUGUGGAACCAUCAUCUUCUGCGGCCGGCGUAUGAGUCCAAGAUCGAUGUUUUGACGUGGUGCUUGCCGAUCGUGCAUGGGUUCAUCGAUCAGGCCAACAUCUCAGUCUACGGCCGGAACGUGUCGAUCGCGGUCAUCGCCCGGCGGUCGCAUUACUUUGCCGGCGCGCGCUUCCUCAAACGAGGGGCGAACGACCAGGGCUAUGUUGCGAAUGAUGUCGAGACCGAGCAGAUCGUGUCAGACAUGCUCACUACGUCGUUUCACUCUCCUGACGGGCAUUUGUUUGGUAACCGCUCGUAUACGUCGUUUGUCCAGCAUAGAGGUAGUAUUCCGCUAUUCUGGACUCAGGACGUGAACAGCAUGUCGCCAAAGCCUCCAAUCGAACUAAACGCCGUUGAUCCCUUCUUCAGCGCAGCAGCGAUGCAUUUCGAUGACGAGUUCCGCCGCUACGGAACCCCAGUGGUAGUCUUCAACCUGAUCAAGACCCGCGAGCGGACCCCGCGCGAGACCAUUCUGCUCCGUGAAUUCGAGCAAUGUCUGCAAUACCUCAACCAAUUCCUGCCCGAGAAAAGCAAGAUUCUAUACACCUCGUGGGACAUGAGCCGCGCGUCGAAAGGGCGUGAUCAGGAGGUCAUUGAGUUUUUGGAAGAAUACGCGGAUAAAAUUUUGAAGACGGUGAAGAUUUUCCAGAACGGGGUCGAGCCUUCGUCGACGCAGUCUGGCGUGUGCCGGACAAAUUGUAUCGACUGCCUUGAUCGCACGAACGCGGCGCAGUUUGUGAUUGGCAAGCGCGCGCUCGGGUACCAGCUCCAUGCGCUCGGGGUGAUCAAGGGCACGACGGUGGAGUAUGAUACGGACGCGGUUAAUCUGCUUACGGAGAUGUAUCAUGACCAUGGAGAUACGAUUGCGCUGCAGUACGGUGGGUCGCAUCUCGUGAACACGAUGGAGACGUAUCGACGGAUUAACCAAUGGACCAGUCACUCGCGAGAUGUGAUUGAGAGUAUCAGACGGUACUACAGCAACUCGUUUGUCGACAACCAGCGUCAGGAAGCAAUCAAUCUCUUCCUAGGCAACUACGUCUUUGAAGCCGACAGACCUAUGCUAUGGGACCUGAGCACCGACUAUUACCUACACCACGGCGUGCCCGGGAACGCGACGAACCCCCCGCGGCGCAGCUACCGCAAAUGGUGGACGCCAGUGAACUUGCAAAAGUCGCUUGCGGAGCGGGAAGUCGAGGGGAUCUCGGCGGAGAUGGCGGACUUGGACGCGAAGAAGAUUAGGAGGUCAAUGUCGGGCCUAUUUGAUGAUUACUGGAUGGAGUAUUAUAAGCCCAAGAUGCUGUCUUCGUUUUCUAAAGUGUUUCAGUAUAACAUGAACUCCACCUUGCGAUAUCUGCCGUCAAUCGUGGUUGGAAACAACAAGUACAACCUGAGUCCGUUCGAACCCCGACAGAUCCACAUCGAGCAACACUCUGCCGCGCGCGGUCUGGCCGAGCGAGAAAAGAUCGCCGACGACAGAAGCAGUAUCAUCAGCGUGAUCAGCACAUCCCGGCGCACGCGCAAGUUUCUCGACAUUGGCUUCAUUGACUUUUCGUCCAAGCGGGACGAGCAAAGUCCGUCGCCUCCGCCGGAGCUGGAGACGGCGUCGAUAUCGUCGUCGAGGAGCGAGGAUUAUUAUAGUCAGGUCGCGGCGAUGCCGUUGGAUAACGAUGAUGGGUUUGAUGAUCAGCUGUGGUGUUAUGGGGGCGAGAAGGACGAGAAGGGCCGGCAUGGCGAGUUCAGGGAUAUCCCCGAGAUCGUGGGACAUAUCAUGAAACCCUCAGUCGCGCCGACGGAGACCCAGCAAUACAAGAAAUACCUCGCGUUCCCAGACCUGGCGCCUCUGAGCGCUGCGGAGAAGAAAUCACUAAUGACGAACCGGCAACACAUUGACUUUGAGAAAUAUGUCAAGGGCAACGUGCCGAGCGCGAUCAACGCGAUGGACGAGGUGAACGACGAAGAUAGUGUAAAGUACGUGCAGUUUAUACUCGCGCCAGAGGCCGCGACGACCCUGAAGGCUGCGGAUGACGAGAUGUCGAAUCGGUAUAAGACGUAUCAGCAUUGGAUUAGCGGGAGGUAUGGCGGGUCUUCAGCGGCGCUGUAGUUGUUUUUGUGAGUUUUGUUAAUGUUUGUUAAUGUUUGUUAAUGGAAGGCGUUGGUGGUUGUUUGGCAUUGUACAUUUUUCGUUAGUGUGUAUAUAGCUAUUAGACUAUAAAUG